GGUGUUGAUACUCUUCUGAAAUAUGUCUGCUUCUCUUCUAGCUUGCUAGCUAGUCCAUCCGCAUUUGGCACACAAACACAAACAUACACAGUACGUAACUUUCUUUGACCAAUGUCAAUCUCUUCCUCGCCCCUUUUCCUUAUCUUCAUCACCCUCUUCCUCUACUCACCAUUAUCUCAGGCCAACCCCAACUCAAACUCCGGCGGCGGCAAAAGGCAGCCUCAUCGUCAACUCUCUGUUGACUACUAUGAAAAGUCAUGCCCUCAGGUUGAUAAGCUCGUCGCCUCCGUCACCUCCCGGAAGUUUAACUCUUCGCCCGCCACCGGACCUGCCACCAUUCGACUCUUCUUCCACGACUGCUUUGUUCAAGGGUGUGAUGCAUCAAUAUUAAUAUCAACAAGGGCAGGGAGUAAGGAAUUAGCAGAGAGAGAUGCAGAGGAAAACAAGGAUCUUGCAAAAGAGGCGUUUGAGAGCAUAAGGGAGGCGAAAGCAGUGGUGGAAAGCAAGUGCCCAUCUGCUGUUUCUUGUGCUGAUAUCCUUGCCAUUGCCGCAAGAGAUUUUGUUCACUUUGAGACGGGGAUGCAAAAUGUCGAAUGGAAAUUGUUCAGGAAAUAAAGAGACAGUAGUGACAAGAGACUGGUACUCCGGUCCCAAGCCAACUAGAAUAGAUUGAAGAAGCUCUUUAUCCGAGACAGGGGAAUUCAUUGCAACAGGAGGGCCAUACUAUGAAGUGAAGAAAGGAAGAUGGGAUGGAAACAUAUCAAUGGCUUCAAGGGUGCAACCAAAUCUCCCUCGGGCCAAUUUUACCCUUGAUCAGCUUUUGAAACUCUUUGCUUCCAAAGGGCUAACAAUGGAGGACCUUGUUGUCCUCUCCGGGGCUCACUCCAUCGGUUUCGCGCACUGCAAGCAAUUUUUGAGUAGACUAUAUAAUUACAAAAAGGAAACCAACCAAACAGACCCUUCAAUAGUAAUGGAUCCUAGGCUUCUCAAAGCUCUGAAGAUGUCAUGCCCGAAAUUUGGCGGGAACAUCGAUGUUCUUGCCCCUUUUGAUGUCACAACUCCUUUCUCCUUUGACAAUGCUUACUAUGGAAAUUUGGAGGCCAAAAUGGGUAUACUGGCUUCUGAUCAGGCCUUGUAUUUAGACCCGAGAAGUAGGCCUUUGGUUCAAAUGCUAGCCAAAGAUAAGAAGAAAUUCUUUGACAAGUUUGCUAUGGCUAUGGAUAAAAUGGGAUCUAUAGGUGUUAAAAGAGGGAGAAGGCAUGGGGUUAGGAGAAAAGACUGCACCUCUCCACUAUAGAUAGCGCCAUGGUUUUCAAUUAUGUUGUGCGUAUUGUGGCUUGCAGCAUGAAUUAAUUGUACUUUCUUACCACAUAAGAAAAAACAUUAUUCUUUAUGUAAAUCUUUUAUUCAUAAAACAUAAAUCUAUUUCUUUGAACGAAUGAGUAAAGAAUUUAUAAAAAAUAACAGGGGCGGAUCAUUGUAGGGGGAGCCCACCCUAG